UUUUUUGUUGUUUUCUGUGUUGUUCUUUUCUAAUUUAGGACCCGCAAGAUGAAAUCGGACCUUAAUUUCAGAGUUCAAUCAUUGAAAUUCCGCAUCGAAGAACAAAACGAUCUUAACGACAUACUCCUUAGAGUUUCCGCUUUCGGGUUGUUUCUUUACGCCACUUUUACUGUAAUUGCCGGUACUUUAAAACCGACUACGAGAGAACCGAAUUUGUUAAUUAUGAUGACCGGAACUUUAGCAAUCGUACAGGUUUUACUUCAAUUAUUAUUUAUUGCUGAUGUGUCACGUCGCCGAGUUCAUCUUCCGGAACACGACCGAUCAAAACCAGGACGUCAAGUUGUAACUUUCUUACUAAUUUGCAAUAUAACUAUGUGGAUUAUAUACACGUUCGAAAUGAAAAAGGUUGAAGCAAAUCCAAUAAUACCACGUUUUUAUGGUUUUCUUGCGUGGGCGUUUAUCCAAAGAUUAACGCUUCCGUUGUGUAUUUUCCAUCGUUUCCAUUCGGCGGUUACGCUAGCGGAAAUAUGGAAAACGAGCUAUAAAGCAAGGAUUGAAUAAAACGAUCUUUAAAUGAAACGAUAAGAUUUUGAGCUCAAAAAAAAACAAUUUAAUAGAAAAAAGUAAAGUUUAAUGAAAAUAAAAAGAAUACAUAGAUACACAAAUUGUUGAUAUUUUGCUCAGAAUAUAGUUUUUGGUGUAAAUAAUUUCGACAUAUCUACAAAUUUUAAAUGUGGUUUGAACUGUUUUUUGCGGUUUUAGCACACAACACAUACAAAAAAGAAUAUAUAUAAAAGAAUAACACAACAUUUCUUUAAAAAAAGAGUAUUCCAGAAAAAAAAUUAAAAGAGGUAAUUUAAAGAUUAUAUUAUACUUAAUAAUGAAUAGUGAGUUAUUUAGAAAUCAACUACUAAUAUUAAUGAUAAAUGUGUGGUAUUUAUUAAAGAAAAUUACAAAAAAAAAUAAUAAAUUAAAAAUCAUAAAGGAA